CAGGUCCCUAAUAUGGCCGAGAGGGUGGCGAGCCUGCCGAUUGCCCAUAGUGUUACUCCGCAAAUGAAUGCGCAGUUGACGGCGGAGGUUUUGCCGGGUGAGGUUAGGCAAACAGUCUUUGCGAUGGGAUCGAAGCAGGCUCCGGGGUCGGAUGGUUUCACCGGGAAGUUCUUUAAAGCUUUUUGGGAUAUUGUGGGCACUUCGGUGGUUGAAGCAGUAAUCUCCUUCUUUACCUCGAGUCGGAUGUUGCGGAGUUUUAAUCAUACCUGGCUCACUUUGAUCCCUAAGGUGGAUUCGGUGGAAACAAUCAGACAAUUGCGUCCGGUCAGUCUCUGCCAGUUUGUUUACAAAGUGAUUACCAAAAUCAUGGCUGAACGGCUGGCUAGCAUGCUCCAGCAGAUCGUUUCGGAGGGCCAUAAUGGCUUUAUCAGGGAUCGACAGAUCAUUGAUAAUAUCCUUAUAGGACAUGAACUAAUGCAUUACCUGAAAAUCAAAACGCAAGGGAAGAAGGUGUACAUGGCUCUGAAGGUUGACAUGGAAAAGGCCUAUGAUAGAGUCGAAUGGCCUUUCUUGCUUGCAGUUUUGGAUAAGAUGGGUUUUAAUGUUGUCUGGCAAGGAUGGAUACAUGAAUGUCUUUGGUCCUCCUCUUUCUCGAUUCUAAUGAAUGGUACACCCUCGGGAUAUUUCACUGCCUCUAGGGGCCUUCGCCAGGGGGAUCCGCUCUCUCCUCUUUUGUUUGUGCUCUGCACUGAGGGGUUUGCAGCUCUCCUCCGACAGGCGAUCACGGAGAAACAGUUAGAGGGGGUGAAAGUAGCUCCUCGUGCUCCAAGAAUCUCGCAUCUGUUCUUCGCGGAUGACUCUUAUUUAUUCUUGCGCGGUUCGCUGCAGGAGUGCGAGAACUUAAUUGAGGUGUUGAAUGAAUAUGAGGAGCUAAGUGGUCAACGCGUUAAUUUGGAGAAAUCGGCGGUGUGCUUUAGCAAAAAUAUUUCCACGCCAGAUCAGGAGUUCUUGGCCACGAUUCUAGGGGUUGGUGUGGUGGGAGUCCAUGAUAAAUAUCUGGGGCUUCCAACGCUGGUUGCCCGAUCCAAAACAGCUACAUUCAGAUAUUUGGAAGAAAAACUCCUAGAGCGGCUUCAGGGGUGGAAGCAAAGGACAUUGUCGUGGGCUGCUAAGGAAACUUUAAUCAAAUCUAUAGCGUUGGCUCUUCCACUUCAUGUUAUGUCAUGUUUCCGGCUUCCCCUGGCUCUUUGUCGCCUUUUAGAUAAGCAUGUGGCCCAUUUUUUGUGGGGUGCGGAGGACGGGAAUCCCAAGAUUAGAUGGGUGUCCUGGCGUAACAUGUGCAGCAGUAAGCAUGAUGGGGGAUGGGAUUUCGCCAGUUCGAACAUUUCAAUCAAGCUCUUUUGGCUAAGAUUGGCUGGCGUAUCCUUAAUGAACCAUCACUCUUAUUGCUCAGGUGUAUAAAGGCAAGUAUUUCCCUCAAGGGUCUUUCCUAACUGCAACUGCUAGAUAUCGACGCUCUUGGGGGUGACAAAGUAUUCUUCAUGGGCGUCAGUUAUUGUAAAGAGGUUUGAGAUGGCAGGUUGGCAAUGGUCAAUCGGCCUCCCUUCUGCAUUCUAACUGGAUUCCUAGGUAUCAGUCAGAUCCCCCCAACCUAUAAUCCCCGGAUCUUGCCUGAGGGGGGUGAUCCCUUGGUGGCGGAGGUAAUUAGUGAGGGGGGAGGGGGGGGGGGGUGGUCUGAUGAAAUGCUCAACCGAUGGUUUGACCCGCCCACCUGCAAGGUUAUUAAAGCUAUUCCCCUCCCGCGUUGGGAUGUGCCUGAUAAACUUAUCUGGCAUUUUACGACUGACGGGGUCUUUUCGGUUAAGACGGCUUAUCAUUUGGCUGUCGAUUUGGACAGGAGGAGGGGGGUGGCGGUCCUCAGUUAGCUGGAUGGAUAAGCCGAGUUGGAUCAGAGUUUGGGAGGCUAAGAUCCCUCCAAAGUUGAAGGUGUUUGUUUGGCAAAUCCUUAAUCGGGCUCUGCCGACUAUGGAGGUGCUUAUUGAGAAAAAGGUCCAGGUGCUUCCUCGGUGUCUAGUUUGUUGGGAUGGCCCGGAGACAAUGGAACACUUGUUCCUUUAUUGUCCAGUGGCGCAAGCUCUCUGGGAUUAUUCUGGGUUGGAAUACUUGGGAGAGGGUUUGCCUUGGCAUACUUUUCCUUUGUUUCUCAAACGCCUGUUGGGCUUGAUCCAGCAACCGUCUGUGGUUAUGGCGGUUGUUGCCAUCCUUUGGAGGAUCUGGCGAUCUCGUAAUUGGGUGGUCUUUGAAGGCAAAAAAUUUGGGAUCCCAGCUCUCAUACGCCAGUUUCACCAACAAUAUGAGGAAUGGGUGGGUCUCCCAGCGGAUCAGGCGCCUAGGGUUCAAACACCGAUAAUGCACUCUACAGCAUAAUUGGAUGAUUCCCAUUAUGUUUGUAUGUGGGACGGGGCUACUAAGGGUGGGUCUCAUUCGGCUGGUGGGAUGGUUCUGUUUGACCCAACACGGACCCUCCUUCUGGCUAGAGGGGUCCAGUUUGCUCAAAUGGAUGAUCCUGCAGUGGUGGAAAUGCUUGUGCUUAGGGAUGCUAUUAUUUGGUGUGUGGAGCAAGGUUUGUCGGAGGUCCGAUUUGAGGGUGAUGCGAAGGUGAUAAUUGACAAAAUUAAUCAGGCCGACACAA